AUGAGGAAAGGGAAGCUAACCUCAUCACAAAAAUCUGUUCUGGAAGCUAAAUAUGAACCUAAUUCCACUUUGAAAGUAGUGGCCGGACCAGGAUCAGGCAAGACUACUACAUUACUGCAUAAAGUUCACCAUUUGAUAGAUUCGCAGAAUAUCCACCCGGAUGAGAUAUUAAUAUUAUCAUUAACCAAUAAAGCUGUUGAUAACAUAUUUGGGAAACUGACUAGUGUUUUUUAUGAGCUGACUGACAGUGAUGAUGCGCAGCAUAUUGAACAGGUGGCAGAUAAAAUUGGAUGUUAUACAAUACAUGGACUGGCGAAUAAGAUAGUAACGGAGAGAGAGGGAACAGUGAGUAUUAUUGAAGAGAACGGCUGGAGGGGAUUGAGUCAGUUAGUCUCGAAGGAUUACUGGAAUAAGACUCGAUCACCUGGAAAGAAGACAAAACGUCUGGAGAAACUAUUAAGCGAGUACAAGAAGCAAAAUAAAUCCUCAGAUGAUACCAUAGACAAAUUAAUACAGAUUAUGGAUUCCUGCAAAGUAUUAACAAAUGAAGAUUUAAUAAUCAGAGCCUCAAAGAUAUUAACUGAACCUACAUUCGAUAGUGCAGAAUUUAGUUUUAUUAGGGAUUUGAAUCAAAGAUAUAAAGUCAUAUUGAUUGACGAGUUUCAGGAUUUAUAUCCACAACUAUUACCUUUGUUACAGACCAUCUCUAAAAAUAAACAAUUAAUAAUUUUUGGAGACGUUCAUCAGAGCAUAUACGAGUUUCUCGGUGCUAAUUCCACUGUUGUAGAGGCUCUGGAUCACUUACACUCAAACACAAUAACUGUACAUUUGAAUGAUAACUUCAGAUGUUCACCAGAAAUUAUGAAAGCUGCGAGGAAAGUUAUUAAUAAAGAGCAUGUAGCGGUCGAGCUUGAGACUAUCUCAGAUAUAAUAGUGAAGGAGCCCAGCAAAGUUGAUCCCAUUAUAGAAAGUAUUGAUAAUGUUGAUGCCCAAUUGAGAUAUAUCGAAACUGAAAUAUCAAAGCUAGUAUGCUCUUCGGCAAAACUCUCAGAUAUUGCCAUUUUAACUAGAUCCAAUGCAGAGAUUGAUACUAUUAUUGACUAUUUUAAGAAUUCAGCUAUUCCGUUUGAGAAGCUUACAUCACAGCCAGAAUGGAUGUCAGAUGUCCGAAUUCAAUAUAUCAUAGACUUUAUGAGAACCAUACUACUUACUUCGGAUGAUAAUAAUAGUAAUAAUAAUAAUUAUAGACCGAAUGAGAGAAAUUGUACUCCCAAUUGGAAAAGUGAUUUUAAUACGAUUGUUACUCUAAGUGGAGUUAAAGGUAUUGGAUACGCCACUAUUCAACAACUCUAUCAAUCAGCGCUUAGUAAUGAACAACCUUUAUGGGAGUACUUAAAGAGCUUAGAUGCUGGCGAUAUCCCAAUAGCCGGGCACAUAAAACAACAAAUACAAAGAUAUGUUGGGCUGCUACGAGAACUCCAUAGAUCAUCUUUUGUCAGUAGUUGUAACGAACCAAUUGAAUUGCUAGAAAUGCUGGUUAAUAUAAUCAGUGAUAUAGAAUAUCAACCACUCAUUAACAUAAGUAAGAAGGAUCUUGACAUUGUAAUGAAGCACUUACAAGAUCUUCUGUUGGCCUUAAAUGAGGCUAAGGACUCAAAACCAUCCGAUUGUUCCUUAUUGGAGUGGUUUUUAACACAUUACAUCGAACAAGUGACAUCUGCCCAUCAUGAGAAAUUGUUAGCAGGAAACAAAGACGAUAUUGGGACAAUAAAACUUUCUACAAUACAUGCUGCCAAGGGAUUGGAAUUCCCAAUUGUACUCAUUUCGAAUUUAUCUCAAAAUCAAUAUCCGAUUGAUACCAAUGCAUUAUAUGUGGCAAUGACUAGAGCUCGUAAUCUUCUUUACCUGAUCAACGUAAAUCACAAGGAGAUAAAGAAUAUUGAUAGAUUUUCACAUUCCAUUUUAGAACAACGGAACUUUUGGAAAUACUACAACAGAGACUUAAAACGUACCAAUAUUAUUACAACUAAAAGUUAUUACACUGAACUAAGCAAGAAAUAUAAUUUAUUACCCUCCAAAAGGAUGUUACAUUCAGCUCCAAAAACGUUUCUUAGAGCUGCUAAAUUUCUGUUUUGA